AAAUGUUUUGAACGGUCACACUGCUAAUUUUUUAAUUAGAAAUUCUCACAACUGUCGUCUUUUAAUAGUUUUUAGCCGUUUCUAGAUGUAAUUUGGGUUGAAAAACCUUUAAAAACAGUGACUGAGUGAGGAAUAAAGGCGUGACGAGAGAAAUGGAAGAUAUAUUCCACUGGUGCCGCGAGGGCAACUCGAUUCAAGUGCGCCUGUGGUUGGAUGAAACGGAGCACGACAACAAUUUGGGUGACGACCAUGGCUUCAGUCCAUUGCACUGGGUCGCCAAGGAGGGCCAUGCCAAGCUGGUGGAGACUUUGCUGCAGCGUGGAGCCCGCGUAAAUGCCACCAACAUGGGCGACGACAUCCCACUCCAUUUGGCGGCAGCUCAUGGCCACCGCGACGUGGUCCAGAUGUUGAUAAAAGAGCGCAGCGAUGUGAAUGCGGUAAACGAGCAUGGAAACACGCCCCUGCACUACGCCUGCUUCUGGGGCUACGACAUGAUCUGCGAGGACUUGCUGAAUGCGGGAGCCCAGGUGGGCAUCGCCAACAAGGAUGGGCACACGCCGAUCGAGAAGGCAAAGCCCAGCUUGGCAAAAAGGCUACAGGAUAUGGUCGAGAGAAGCGGCAGGGAGGUGAAGGUGAUCAGCUUCAAGGAGCAGAGCUGGCAGGGCAUGAAGACGCGGUCAAGGGAUGCCACUUUGUCCCGCUUCAAGGGAAUUAGUAUGGGAGACCUGGACCUGCACACCAAGCUCUCGGUGACGCCGUCGGGGGAAACUUGGCGAGGUCGGUGGCAAAAGAACGACGUGGUGGCCAAGAUACUGGGCGUGCGCCAGUGCACGCCUCGCAUAUCGCGGGACUUCAACGAGGAAUUCCCUAAGCUGCGCAUCUUCUCUCACCCCAACAUUUUGCCCAUUAUAGGGGCUUGCAAUUCGCCGCCUAAUCUGGUGACCAUUAGUCAGUUUAUGCCACGUUCUUCGCUGUUUAGUCUGCUGCAUGGAGCCACUGGUGUGGUGGUGGACACCAGCCAGGCGGUGAGCUUUGCCUUGGAUGUUGCUCGGGGAAUGGCCUUCCUGCACUCGCUGGAGCGCAUCAUUCCCACAUAUCAUCUGAACAGCCAUCAUGUGAUGAUUGAUGAGGAUCUAACGGCGAGGAUCAACAUGGGCGACGCCAAGUUCUCGUUCCAGGAGAAGGGACGCAUCUACCAGCCGGCCUGGAUGUCGCCGGAGGCACUGCAGCGCAAGCAGGCGGAUCGAAACUGGGAGGCCUGCGACAUGUGGAGCUUUGCCAUACUCAUUUGGGAGCUGACCACACGCGAGGUGCCUUUCGCCGAGUGGUCGCCCAUGGAGUGCGGCAUGAAGAUUGCGCUGGAGGGUCUGCGUGUCAAAAUACCGCCAGGCACCUCGUCGCACAUGUCCAAGCUGAUCGGUAUCUGCAUGAACGAGGAUCCCGGCAAGCGGCCCAAGUUCGACAUGGUGGUGCCCAUUCUGGAGAAGAUGCGGCGCUGAAAGGAGGGGAGCAAAAUCAAUAGAUGCCAAGCCAAAAUGUGCCUUGAGAAACCUUCGUUUUGCCAACUAAUUGUAAUUACUACUUUGUGUUAUCUUUGUCUAACUGAGCCUAACCGAAAACGAAAACCGUACCGAAGUGGCGAAGCAAGUGCAACUGCUCUGUCUAGAAUUUAUGUUUCUGUGUCUCACUGUUCUCUACUUAUGAUUUUCCGUCGAUGUUUAGUGCGGGUGCUCGAUUUUGUCGUACAUUUUAAGUUCGAUAACCUUUAGGAUCGUAUUUAUACAGAAAUAUAUUUGUUACUAAUUAAUUAAA